GCCUACGUGGGCGAGCGGGCGGGCGGUCGGACGGACGGACGGACGGACGGACGGGCGGCCGGUCCUUUCGCCCCCACACUAACCGUCCGCCAUGUGGCUGAAGCCCGAGGAGGUGCUGCUGAAGAACGCGCUGAAGCUGUGGCUGAUGGAGCGGUCCAACGAGUACUUCGUGCUGCAGCGGCGCCGGGGCCACGGGGAGGAAGGCGGCGGGGGGCUCACAGGCCUUCUUGUUGGGACCCUUGAUUCAGUCUUGGACUCUACAGCUAAAGUGGCUCCAUUUCGCAUCCUGCAUCAGACACCGGAUUCACAAGUUUAUUGGUCUAUUGCCUGUGGAGCCAGCAGAGAAGAAAUAACGAAACAUUGGGAAUGGUUGGAACAAAAUAUAAUGAAAACCUUGUCUGUGUUUGACUCAAAUGAAGAUAUUACUAGUUUUGUUCAAGGAAAAAUAAGGGGCUUGAUUGCUGAAGAAGGGAAAGGUUCUUUUGUAAAGGAAGAUGAUCCUGAAAAGUUUCGAGAAGCGCUGCUGAAAUUUGAAAAAUGUUUUGGAUUAGCAGAGCAGGAGAAGUUGGUGACUUAUUAUUCAUGCAGCUAUUGGAGAGGAAGAGUUCCUUGUCAGGGGUGGCUGUAUCUUAGUACCAACUUUUUGAGUUUCUAUUCUUUUUUGUUGGGAUCAGAAAUAAAACUCGUUAUCUCCUGGGAUGCGAUCUCAAAACUUGAAAAGACAUCCAAUGCCAUCCUGACAGAGAGUAUUCAUGUGUGUACCCGGGGGGAGGAUCACUACUUUUCGAUGUUUUUGCACAUUAAUGAAACGUUCCUUCUUAUGGAGCAGCUGGCAAACUAUGCCGUAAGGAGACUUUUUGACAAGGAGACAUUUGAAAAUGACCCAGUCCUCCGGGAUCCUCUACAAAUCACCAAGAGAGGUCUGGAAAACCGAGCCCACAGUGAGCAAUUUAAUGCGUUUUUUAGGUUACCCAAAGAAGAGACUUUGAAGGAAGUACAUGAAUGUUUUUUGUGGAUACCUUUCAGCCACUUCAAUACUCAUGGGAAAAUGUGUAUUUCAGAAAACUACAUCUGCUUUGCUAGCCAAGAUGGCAACUUGUGCAGUGUAAUUAUUCCAUUAAGAGAGGUCUUAGCUGUAGAGACAACAGAUCAUUCCAACAAAGCCGUCAUCAUUUGUAUCAAAGGAAAAACAGCCUUUCGGUUCACUGAGGUUAGAGAUUUUGAGCAACUGCUAGCAAAACUGAGGCUUAAGUGUGGAGCAUCCUUAAGUCCACAGCAUGAUACUAUUGGUCCAGAGGUUGCCAUUAGUUCUGAGACGGACAGUGCACCAGAUUCCUAUGAAGGCCGAUUUGGGGCUGGUCAGAAAGACUGCAGCAAGACUGUGAGCACGGAAGCUUUAAUGACAGUAUUUCAUCCUCAGGAUUUGGAAAAUCUUGAUUCUAAAAUGUUAAAAGAAAAGAUGAAGGAGCAGUUGUGGAACAUACUCUUCGUGGAAUGCGGCCGUGGAGUUAGUAUGUUUCGAACAAAAAAGACUCGAGAUUUGGUCGUAAGAGGGAUUCCUGAGACCUUAAGGGGAGAACUCUGGCUGCUCUUUUCAGGUGCUGUCAAUGACAUGGCUACCAAUCCUGGCUAUUAUGCUGAAGUGGUAGAGCGAUCUUUAGGCACAUGUACCUUGGCGACUGAUGAGAUUGAGCGUGAUUUACGUCGGUCCCUGCCCGAGCACCCAGCCUUCCAGAGCGAUACUGGCAUAUCAGCCCUGAGGAGAGUUCUUACUGCCUAUGCCUACAGGAAUCCCAAAAUCGGAUACUGCCAGGCGAUGAACAUUUUGACAUCUGUGUUACUUCUGUAUGCUAAAGAGGAAGAAGCCUUCUGGCUACUGGUGGCCGUGUGCGAAAGAAUGUUGCCUGAUUAUUUUAAUCGACGAAUUAUUGGUGCCUUGGUGGAUCAAGCCGUCUUUGAGGAACUUAUCAGGGAUCACCUUCCUCAGUUAACUGAGCACAUGAUUGAUAUGACCUUCUUUUCUUCAGUCUCUCUGUCCUGGUUUCUCACCCUUUUUAUCAGUGUGUUGCCUAUUGAAAGUGCAGUCAAUGUUGUGGACUGCUUCUUCUUUGAUGGAAUAAAGGCCAUUUUGCAGCUGGGUUUGGCAGUACUUGACUACAAUAUGGACAAGCUGUUGUCCUGUAGAGAUGAUGCUGAAGCGGUGACCAUAUUAAACAGGUUUUUUGACAAUGUCACGAACAAGGAUAGUCCAUUGCCUUCAACUGUUCAGCAGGGUUCAAAUACGAGUGAUGCCAAAAGUUCUCACACUAAAGUGGAUGUUACAGAUUUGAUCAGAGAGUCCAAUGAAAAAUACGGUGAUAUUCGAUAUGAGGACGUACAUAGCAUGCGCUGCCGAAACAGGCUUUAUGUGAUACAAACCUUGGAAGAUACGACAAAGCAAAAUGUGUUACGGGUUGUGUCACAAGAUGUAAAAUUCAGUCUUCGUGAUCUGGAAGAACUUUAUGACCUGUUUAAGAAAGAACAUUUUUAUUCUUGUUACUGGAGUUUAAAUAGUCCAGUCCUGAAGCACCACGAUUCAAGUCUGCCAUAUUUAGAGCAGUAUCAAAUAGACUGCCUUCAGUUUAGAGUCUUGUAUCACCUCCUGAGCCCCUGGUCUUAUUCUGCAAACAGGGAUUCUCUAGCUUUAUGGACAUUCAGAUUGCUGGAUGAAAACUCUGACUGCCUUAUAAACUUCAAAGAAUUCUCCUGUGCUUUAGAUAUAAUGUAUAAUGGAAGUUUUACCGAAAAGCUUAAGCUUCUCUUUAAACUGCAUAUACCUCCAGCUUUCACUGAAGUGGAAUCGCAAAGUCCUUCCAAAGGAACUGAACUUUCGAAGGAAGAACUGAUUCGUUUCAGUCAGCUCCAUGUUUCCUCAUCUGCAGAAGACCAGGGACCAGACUCUGUGAAGAAGAGCCCAGAGAAAGGUAAAGGAAAAGUUGAUAUUCAGGCAUAUCUCAAGCAAUGGCAAGAUGAGCUUCUCAAAAAGGAAGAAAACGUCAAGGAUUUGCCCCGAAUGGAUCAGUUACAGUUUAUUCAGUUCUCAAGGACUCUCUACAACUUAUUCCAUGGGGACCCAGAAGAGGAAUUGCUCUACCGGUCAGUAGCGGUUGUUACCAGCCUCUUGCUCAAGAUGGAAGAAGUCGGAAGAAAGCUGCAUAGUCCACUAUCACCAGCAGAAGACCCCUCGGCCGAAGCUGGGGAGAGACUGCAAGACACCACCAUCCAACAAGCUACGAAAGUACUGGCUUCUCCCAGAGAAGAACAUGAGUGGUCAUUUGCUUUUGAGCAGAUCCUUGCCUCCUUACUCAAUGAACCUGUGUUGGUGAGGUUUUUUGAGAAACCAAUUGAUGUAAAGGCCAAGUUAGAACAGGCAAAAAGUUCACAAUUAAGGGCCAGGACUAGGGUGUAAAUUGUUUGACUCGCUGCCUGACUGGGAUAGGCAAGUUUGCCACAAUUCACUAAGUUAGGUUGGCUUCAAAGAAGGAAUGAUGGAUAGGGGUUUAGUUCUCAUUACCCACUAUGGCCGAAGGAGAGCGUAGUGGCUGGUAGCACAAUCGCGUUUGCCAUAAGGUUCUGAAUAGUCACGAAGACGAGGCACAUUUUAAAACAUUUCAUAUAAUAUGCAAUAUAAGCAACUUAACCUAAAUUCUUCCCCUGGAGGGCACUACUAUACCACUUUCUGUGAGGAAUUUACUGUUGACACACCAUUCCACAUGAAUUAGUUAGGAUUCUGACUUUGUGCCGUUAACUGCAUUUUAGUACUGUUGAUGCCGAUAGUGAAUCAAUAGAAACAUCACAGUUUCUAAUUCUACUGGUGUGAACACUUCAGCCUUGUGUAAAAGUCAAAGUGCUUUAGAGAGUAGAGUUGCAGCCUUAAUUCUAGCUUUUGGGGGUUUCCUCCAUUAACUAGAUUACAAUUGUAAUUUGUUAAAUCACUUUAGAGUUUCUCAGAUGACUGGCUUGUGAGUAACCUCUGUCACCUAAAACCUUAGUUUUUUCAAACUCCUAAAAGGAUAGGUGCAUAAAGUCCUCCUCCCCCUUCUUCCCUAUUGCUAUUCCAAGCCCCUACCUUCUGGAAGGGUAAAAUGUUUACUUCGGAUACUUGAAGCCAGUACGAACGUUCACUGUGAUGAGGGGAAGGGGUUUGAUACUUACCAUCUUGACUUAAGUAGAUUUAGGUCAGCCACACUUAGGUCUCGCUGGUUAGCAUCUCUAGUUGCAACCUUAGUGCUGUUCGUCAUCCACUUAAGACCUGAAAGAAAAGGAAAUAGAACUAAUGUCCAUGCCUUUUUGUGGGUUAAGAGAUGCUAAAAACCACUGAAUCUGUCCUUUUUCCAUGUUUCCCUGCUACAGGAUAAAAGAAGAUUUCUCAUCUUUAAACUGAUGACAUUGUAUCAUUGUUAAAUCAGCCUUCAAAAGGUUGAGAGAGUAACUACUUUUAAUUUAUGAUUGUCAUUAGAUGGGAGAAUACUCUCUGCCUUGAGUAGCUUAUGCCCAUCUUGGACAGACAUCCUUAAUCCCUUUAGUUGUUUUUUGUACAGGCUGAUAUGGAUUCAUGUUAACACAAACUUUCAGCAUUAGGUUUGGUCCUGAUUGAUAUAUCUAUGUCCUUAGUAGAAUUUUGAGUAUUUUAUCCUGUUGGCAUGCAAAAGCAACCACAAACAUUUGGCAUGUUUUGCUCAAGGGUACAUGACAUGUACAAUCCAAUUCUCCAAAUUUAUUCUGUUUCUUUUAGUUAUACAAAUAAUUCCUUGCCCUGCUGAUGUUAGCAUAUCUUUUUUCAAAGAAAUCUUCAGAGUUGUUUCUGAUCAGAGCAGUUUUCUAGCAUCUAAUGUCACCAUUUAAAAAUCAAAGAAAGAUUCCUUUUCUCAUUCAACUCUAAAAACUACCUUUAGCAGGCUUAGUAGUGUGGUACCCCAUUCAUACAUCUAAAUAGUAAAGAUAUUUUUCUAUUUUUAGUUUUUUCACAAUUAAAAAAGUAAAGGGCAAUUGCAUUUAUUGUUUCAGAAUCUAUUUUUGAAAAUGUAGCCUUUGAAGUCCAGCACUUGAAGUUUAACUAGUGUAUAAUUCCAUUAGAGUUGACAGUAUAUUACUAUGGUAAUUAUAUAUUUGCCGACAUCUGGUAAUUUAGAGAAAUAACUUCAUGAUGAAAUCACCUUUGCUGUCUUUCAAAAAUAAAAUAAGUAGAAAUACGUCUUAAACUUCCUUUUCUAGUUUAGGUAAAAGCUAUUCAAAACACUUUUGUUACAGAAUGCCAUACGUUUUAUUGAAAUUUAAGUUUCAAGUUAAUUUUGUUCGUUUGCUAUGGAUGCAAUUUACAUACAAAAAUUAAAUAUCCAGUUCUGAAAUAUAUAAUUGCAAAAACCAUGAUAUGAGAAACUCAUAUUGUAGUACUCACUGUCUGAUGCUGCAUGCAGAGUUUCUUCUAAUUGCCUCACGUUGUCACUCAGACGUUCCCACCCUGUCAUAAAGCAAAAACAUGUGUCAUGGCAGAACUGAGUAUAAAGAGAUUAGUCACCUCUUUACUUCAUAGAAAUGCAUUAAACAAAACUGUAUACUAAAUUACAGCCUUCAUAAAGUUUUAUUUCAACUUACUGGUUUAUGGAGGAUGAGUAUCCUCAAAUAUAGGCUUUUUUUAUUUGUCAUGUUAGCCUUACAGUCUAUUAAACUGUAAAAAGUUUGUUUAAUGACAGGAUGUUUUGUCCUCAUUAGGGUCCAUGACAAAAUUUCUAGAGCUUUCUGGGAAUCGAGCCUGAAAGCUGAUGCCAGUGCCAUCUUUACCUCCUGCAAUUUAAGCAACUCUCAAUUGAGUUGGGAGAACUUUUUUUUGGUCAUAUCAUAAGUCCCUUGAAUUCCUUAAGUAUUUACGUUUUCUGCCUCAAUUCUGAAUGUCUAAAAUGGCAUUUAUGAAAACCCCAUUCCCAAAGUAGCAUACACUUUUCAACUAUUUCAGUUGUACUAAUGACAAAUUAACAACCCCCCUGGGGUCUUUUGGAUCAACAUUUUUAGUAAGUCAACUCUUCAAAAAUCUAUGCAUUUUGUAGGUACAAGAUAUUAAUCAAACUUUGCAGAAUCUUAGGAAAACAUAGUUAAUAUUCUCCUAAGAAAUUACCAUUUUUCCUCCCAUGAGUAUAUUUUGUUUGCUUAAGAUUUUUCAAUUAUGGCUUUUAAUUUGCACUACAAAGGGUCCUACAAUAUAAGCACUUGGACACCACGUGGUGUUUUCCUGAUAGCCUAUCUUUGACAUUAAAAAGGAUACAUUUCAGAAAAGGAUAUUAACAAGUGCUUUGUUUCACACUAAAAAUACAGGUACCUCUUGAGGUUCCCUAGGAUGUAUUCUAUGGAUUUUUCACCGUCCCCUUAAAAAUGGGGGAAAUGAUGUACAAAGGUUUGAGAUUCCAUUGCUUGUCACCAGCUGCGUUAGACUCUUCCUCAAAAUACCUGACAGGCCAAGAGGACCCUGUAAAAUUAUCUGGAUAUCCAACAAGUUUUCUAAAAAAAAAUCUGAGCUUGUACAGACCCGAUCUUAAAUGUUCUCUCCAAGCAUACAUUAAUUUCAUUUUAACGGUUGCAGCUUACCAAUGUGAUAAUGAAGACAAGAAUCAGACAUCUGAUAUUAGUGAUGAUGGGUAAUAUUCCCAAUCUCUAUUAAAUUUGUUGCUCUCCACAAUUCCAGUGUUGAACCUGUGGGUCCGUGAUUCUUCAUAUAGGCUAUAUAAAGAAGGGAGAAUAUCCAUAUUUCAGAAAAGUAGUAUUUUCAUUAAAGGGAUUUGAGGAGAAAACUGAAUCACACUUAUACCUUACUGCACUUUAUGAACAUGAAGUGGCUUAAAACAAUAUUAAUUUGUAGAAAAAUAAAAUUCCUAAUCUAUUUUGUAAUAUAGUUACACUUUUCAUAUUAUGUUUCAUUUGAUUAGUACCUUGGUUAUGAACAAAACCUUUUCCUUAAUGAUUAUUGUUAUGUUGAAAGGAGACUGUUGUUUUACUGCAUUAUAUAACUGAGAAUGCAAAAUGUGUGACAGGCACCUUCUUGGCUUCUUAGAUGAGGUCCCAUUAGCAGAAAUGAGUACUAGAUAAAAUGUUUAAUAAAGUAGUUUGUGAAAAAUUCCA